AUUAAAUUCCUACAUUUAGACCCAACUCAUCCCAGAAACUCUCCGUACCAUAUAAGUUAUAAUCCCACUUAAUUUGUUCCUAGCAAACAGCUUGAGCUUAAAGAAAACUAGUACAGGAAAUUAAGUAAACCCUAAUGGAGAAAUCAUCAGUAUUUUCAUCGUCAGUUGUUUCGGAGCUGGAAGGAACGCUUCUGAAAGACCCGGACACAUUCUCCUACUUCAUGUUGGUGGCGUUCGAGGCGUCCGGUUUGGUCCGGUUCGCGCUUUUGCUGCUCUUGCGGCCGUUGAUCCGGCUGAUGGACGUGAUGGGGAUGGGAGAUGUGGGGCUGAGGGUGAUGAUAUUCGUCGCGGUGGCGGGCGUGGCGGAGUCGGAGAUCGAGUCGGUGGCGAGGGCGGUGCUGCCGAAGUUUUUCAUGGAUGAUGUGGAGAUGGAGGCGUGGAAGAAGUUCAGUUGCUAUGAAAAAAGGGUUGUGGUGACAAAGAUGCCGAGGGUGAUGGUGGAGAGGUUCGUGAAGGAGCAUCUUAGGGCUGACGAGGUUGUGGGGAGUGAGCUGGUGGUUAACCGGUUUGGGUUCGCCACUGGGCUCGUGAAAGGUGAUGUUGGCUCGAGCAUUUCAAGACGUGUGGCUAAGAUGUUUGUGGAUGAACCACCCUCGGCUGGGUUGGGGAGGGCUUCAUCUGCUUCUUCGUUUUUAUCUUUGUGCAAGGAACAACUGCACCCGCCAUUCACCACCAACCAAAAACCCGACCACGCUGUGCUCCUCCGCCCGCUCCCGGUGAUCUUCCACGAUGGCCGUCUCGUCAAGCGGCCGACGCCCUCCACCGCACUCCUUAUCCUCCUCUGGAUGCCCUUUGGUGUCCUCCUUGCCAUCUCCCGCAUCGCCGUCGGCCUAAUCCUCCCAAUGUGGACCAUCCCCUACGUGUCCCGCCUCUUCGGCGGCAAGGUCAUCGUCAAAGGAAAUCCCCCGCCGCCCGCCUCCUCGGUCAACUCCGGCGUCCUCUUCGUCUGCACCCACCGAACCCUAAUGGACCCAGUCGUCCUCUGCACCGUCCUCGGCCGCAAGAUCCCCGCCGUCACCUACUCAAUCUCCCGCCUCUCCGAGAUCCUCUCUCCGAUCCCCACCGUCCGGCUUACCCGAACCCGCGACAUCGAUGCCGAGAAGAUCAAGCGCGAGCUAGCCGAGGGAGACCUCGUCGUUUGCCCUGAGGGGACGACAUGUCGCGAGCCUUUCCUCCUCAGGUUCAGCGCUCUUUUCGCCGAGCUAACGGACCGGAUUGUGCCGGUUGCGAUGAAUUACAGGGUAGGAUUCUUCCAUGCAACGACGGCAAGGGGUUGGAAAGGUCUCGACCCGAUAUUUUUCUUCAUGAAUCCUCGGCCGGUUUACGAGGUUACUUUCCUUAACCAGUUGCCGGCGGAGGCCACGUGUUCGUCGGGGAAGAGCCCGUAUGACGUGGCGAACUACGUGCAGAGGAUAUUGGCGGCGACGCUAGGGUUUGAGUGCACCAACUUCACCAGGAAGGACAAGUACAGGGUUUUGGCCGGAAACGACGGCUCUGUUUCGAGUACGACAUCGUCGUUUAUUGAUAAUUUUAAGAAGGUGGUCAGCACCUUUAAGCCCUUCUUUCACUAGCUAUAGUUUGUUGUUGUCGGUUGGCUUGGGGCGUAAUUAACUAUUAGUUAUAUAUUAUUUCUAAUUUGUUUUUGUUUCUGUACAUU